AUGACAACUGCUGGGGAGUACAUUCUAGUUGUGGUCAACGGAAUCGCCAUCGUAGCAACUGUUGUCGGUGGCCUUCUCACCAUACUAGCCAUCCGGACACGCCCGGACCUACGGAAACUGGUCAACGUGCCUCUGGUUAGCCUCACUUGCACAGACAUCCUCUUCAACUCCAUAUUUUCCCCAUUUUGGAUCCAGCAGAUUCUAAACCCCCUUUGGGAGCCUCCGCCAGCCCUGUGUUGGUUGAUAGGCUAUAGCUCUCCCGUGCUACUGGGGGCGUCCUUAUGGCACAUGUUGUGUAUCGCUCUUCAAAGGUAUUUCACGAUCUGUACCAACAGUACCCGUCUGAAGUCCAAGCAAGCCCUCACCAUCAUGCUCUUGCUCACAUGGUCAGUCCCCAUCCUUUCUUUCUUGCCUAUUUACGUCGUUGAGGAAGUUAAGGUGGACCCGAAGCUGAAACGGUGCGCGGCGGGAAAUUCUGACAAAUUCUGGUUAAAGCUUCCCCCGGCCAUUCUAAACAUGAUAUUCCCGUACAUCGCUGCCCUUGCCUUUUACAUAAUCAUCCAAAACCACGUGAGGAAGAGUAAGAAUCGUGUUCAAGCUCAUGCACGCGGCCCCACAAACCAUUUGGCAGUGCAGUACUCGAAGUCAGGGGGCGGCGGUGUAGCUGUCCCUUCUACGAGCGCGGAAACCGACAAGGUGACAAAGCCGGUUAGAAACCCGUCAAGUGACGAUGAGCCAGCUGUCAAGCCAGAUAAACCCAAAGUUAGUGUCGUGCAGAUUGCUUCAGCAACCAGCACGGGUAAACAACAGGGCAAAACAUCCUUACCAAGUAACGAGGAACGAAAAGGCAAUGAGCCUGAUAAAAACAAAGGCCUCGUCCCAACAACCACCAUAGUGUCAGACCAGGCUGGUACAAAUAAAGGACCGCAGCGAGCUCACGUUGUCCCGAGAAACAGUUCUCAAAACCACAACAGUGCCGCUGACAGGCAGAUCACUAAAAUGAUGAUGUCCCUCUUUGCCGUGUACACGCUGUGCAAUGUGCCCAUCACCGUGAUGGUAGUUUUCUCCAGUAAAGUUCCAGCCGAUGCCUUCUCUGUUGCCCAGCUGCUAGCCUCGUUAAACGGUGUUCUAAACCCGAUCAUAUACGGCGUUAUGAAUAAGAACAUUCGGCGGGGGUACAAGCACAUCUGGGACCGCGUGCUCAACUUCAGAACAUGA